AUGCCCAUGGACAAGCCGGCGGCGGCGGCGCCGGAAAGGUUCUUCGAGGUGCGCUCGCCGGCGAGUUUCGCGGCGCGGAUGUGGUCGCGCAAGUACAGCGGGGUGCCGGUGGUGCCGGACGGCGACCUGAUCCUCGUGGUCGGGGUCGGCGCGGAGACGACGGAGUUGCGCGCGGACUCGCUGAUCCUCAAGCGGGCGUCGCGGGUGUUUGGGGCGAUGCUGGGGCCGCGGUUCUCCGAGGGCCAGAAGCUGCUGGACCGCGGGGCGGAGCCCGUCAAGAUCAGCCUGCCCGACGAGGACCCGGAGAUCAUGGAGCUCAUCCUCAACAUCCUGCACCACCAGAACUCGCGCGUGUGCCAGAUCGCGGCGGCCGACUCGAUCCUGGAGGUGGCCGUCAUCGCCGACAAGUACGACCUCGUCGACGCGCUCAAGUACGCGUCGCAGACCAUGUUGCGGUACCACGAGCCGUCGAUCGAGCACCUGACGGUCGGGGACCUGUGGCGGCUGGGCCUGGCGGCGGGGCUGCUCAACGAGCCCAAGGCGUUUGAGAAGAUCACGCGCAUGCUGGUGUGGAACCACACGGUGCCGUACAUCCAGCUGGUCGACGCCGAGGACGCCAUCGACAUUGAGUUUGCGCUGCGCAUGUGCUACCUCCUCGAAAAGGAGCGGCAGGACCUCAAGACGUCGCUGCUGCUGCACCUGCUGCCCAUCAUCUCGACGGGCAACCAGCUGCGGCUCGUCGAGAUCAAGGUCGACUCGGCGGAGCACUUUGACGCGUGGCCGGAGCUGAUGAAGCUGUUCGGGGCGAGCCUCAAGGAGACGACGAGGUUCGCCGAGGGGCUGGUCUUGGCGGACCGAAGCCGCCGGGCGGCCGGCCCCGGCUCCGACUUUAUGAGGCACUUCAGGACCCGCGGCGGCAUACGCCUCGCCGACGCGCGGAGGGGACGGGGCUGA